AUUGGAUCUUAAUGGAAUCCCAGCAAGAUUAUGAGUGAGCCAUCUGUCUUAGCUUAUCAUGAGAACCAGUUAAGCUAAAAUGAGACCAUAUCUUUUGUCAAAGAUGCCUCGAGAGGACAUUUGAAGAUAAGGAGAAAAGAACAUGCCCUAUGUGUCGGACAAAAAUCUCGAGCAAGUUCAAGCUCAAGGUAGACACAAAGAUCAAAGAGGAAGCAAAAGAAGCCUUUCCAGAUGAAUUUGAGGAAAUGACUAAGAAAUUAGAGGAGCUUAAAAUUGAAGAGGCCAAGACAAUUAAAGUCAAAGUUGAAUACGGAAACAAGCACAAGCUUGUUCCAUUACCAUCAAAAUCAAGGUCUAAACCAUCUGUAUCAAAUAAGCAUGAAUGGACUGUAUUUGUCAGAGUUGCAAAUGAAGGAAUAAAGACUGAGAAUAUCGUUGAAAAAGUUAAAUUCGAGUUACAUGAAACGUUCAAAAAUCCUACCAGAAUAAUAGAAAAUGCACCUUUUCAACUGACAACUAAAGGAUGGGGGACAUUCGAGAUUCCGAUCACUAUUACCUGGAAAAAGAGCCUCAAAUAUCCUGAUACAGUCUUGUACCAUGACCUCUCAUUUGAAGGAGCUGGUGAAUGGAAGAACUACACUCUCAGAAUUCAUGAAGAUUUGAUAAAACCAAAGACUUCUGCUAGUAAAGUUAAAGUAAAGGCAGUAAAACCUGCUCCUUUUAAAUAA